AUGGCGGAGGAGAAGGAGUUGAAGACGUGGGUGUCGGAUCAGCUGUAUCAAAUCCUCGGCUACUCCGAGUCCAGCCUUGUUUCCUUCGUUAUCGCGUUAGCUAAGAGAUCGUCCAGCGUGAGCGCUCUCACAUCCAGCCUCUCGUCCAAUGGCCUUCCGGCGUCGCCUGCCACGUCAGCCUUCGCCAGCCAGCUGGCCUCGAGAAUACCGAGCGCCAAGAAAGGCCCUUCAGCAUACAAGACGGAAGAGAAAGCAGCCAUAGAGUUUGCUCGCCGGCAGCAGCAGUACGCUCUGCUAGACGUGGAUGAUGACGAGGAGGAGGAGGAGCGGGAGAGGGAGAGGCAGAGGGGGAGGGAACGGGAGGAGAGGGAGAGGAAGGAGGAAGAGAGGGAGAGGGAUGGGCGAGGGGGGGCGGGGGUGGGGGAGGGAGGGAAGGAGGGGAAGAAGAGGAGGCAGUUGAGGAGGAGGAGAGAUGAGAUGGACGGCAGGGAUGAUGCGGAUGAUGAUGCCACUGCUCAGGCCCUGGCAGAGUAUCAGCGCAAGAAAGUCGAGUUGCGAGGUGACUCAAAGCUGGAGAGGGAGGAGUUUGAGGAGCGCCUCAAGCAGCGCGAUGAGGAGCGCACCAAGAUCCACCCUCCCUUUCUCCUUCGCCCCCGCUUCCCGAAUCUCCCCUGCCUGUUCUUCCAUCUCCUUCGCUUCCUCUGCCUGCUCUUCCCCUCCCUUCUCUCCCCUUGCCUGCCAUACUGUAUAAUGUCGUGCGUGCACAACCCAUCAGAGGCGCUAAGGAGGAGGGAGGAGGCGGAGCAGCAGCGGGAGCUGAUGCCAAGCCUGAGGGAGAUCUCACGGCAGGAGUAUCUGUCCAAGCGAGAAGCCAAGAAGCUGCAGGAGCUCGAGGAUGAGUUGGUGGACGAGGAGUAUUUGUUUUCCGACGUGAAGCUGACGGAGAGGGAGCAGGCGGAGCAGCGGUACAAGCGCAAGGUGCUGGCGCUGGCGAAGCAGCAAGUGGAGGACGUGGGGAAGGUGCUCGAGUACCACCUGCCAGAGGCGUAUGACAAGGAGGAGAAGGUGCAGCAGGACAAGAGAUUCGCCGUGGCCAUGAAACGAUACCAGGAUGUGGAGGGCGAUGACAAGGUGAAUCCACGUGCAGAGCAGGAGGCGUGGGAGAAUCAUCAAAUAGGCAAGGCAACGGUGAACUUUGGGUCCAAGGACCGUAAGGUGGACUCAGAGCAGUACGAGUAUGUGUUUGAGGAUCAGAUCGACUUCAUUAAAGAUACCAUCAUGGCGGGAGAUGACAGGGAAGGUUCAGAGGACGAGGAGGAGAGGGAGCGGCAGGUGGAGGUAUCGAAGGCCAAGUCAGCGUUUGACAAGAUACAGGCGGAGAGGAAGAAUUUGCCCAUGUACCGCUACAGGGAGGAGCUGCUGCAAGCUAUCAACGACCACCAGGUGGGUACUGGGGGGGUUGGGAUACACCUCACCAAUUACCAAGCACCCAUGGGUUGUGAGACGGCUCACAUGAUACAGGCAGAGAGGAAGAACCUGCCCAUGUACCACUAUAGGGAGGAGCUGCUGCAAGCCAUAAACGACCACCAGGUAGGCACUGUUGGGGUUGGGAGGAGUCUCAGCAAUUACGAGGCACUCAUGGCUUGUGAGGCGACUCACACGAUACAGGCGGAGAGGAAGAACCUCCCCAUGUACCGAUACAGGGAGGAGCUGCUGCAAGCCAUAAACGACCACCAGGUGCUGGUGAUUGUAGGGGAGACGGGGUCGGGCAAGACGACUCAGAUCCCGCAGUAUUUGUAUGAAGAGGGAUACGGCAAGCGUGGCAAGAUUGGCUGCACCCAACCCAGGAGAGUAGCAGCCAUGAGCGUGGCUGCACGCGUCGCCCAGGAGGUGGGGUGCAAGCUGGGGCACGAGGUGGGCUACUCCAUUCGCUUUGAGGACUGCACGUCCGACAAGACCAUUCUCAAAUACAUGACCGACGGCAUGCUCCUUCGAGAAUUCCUCAGCGAACCAGACCUUGCGAGCUACUCCGUCAUGAUGGUGGACGAGGCACACGAGCGGACGCUUCACACGGACGUGCUGUUUGGGCUCGUGAAGGACAUUGCAAGGUUUCGGCCGGAUCUGAAGCUGCUGAUAUCGAGCGCGACCCUCGACGCGGAGAAGUUCAGCGAGUAUUUCGACUUUGCGCCGAUUUUCCGGAUUCCCGGGAGGAGGUAUCCCGUGGAUAUACACUACACGAAGGCGCCUGAGGCGGAUUAUUUAGAUGCGGCGGUGGUAACCGUGUUACAGAUCCAUGUAACGCAGCCGGCAGGAGACGUGCUGGUGUUCCUGACCGGGCAGGAGGAGAUUGAGGCAGCAGAGGAGAUUCUCAGGCAUAGGACCAAGGGGCUGGGGACGAAGAUUGCCGAAAUGAUCAUCUGCCCGAUUUACGCGAACCUGCCCACGGACAUGCAGGCGAAGAUUUUCGAGAAGACGCCCGAGGGAGCCCGGAAGGUGGUUCUGGCGACCAACAUCGCAGAAACUUCCCUCACGAUCGACGGGAUCAAAUACGUGAUCGACCCGGGGUUUGUGAAGCAGAAGAGCUACAACCCGCGCACCGGCAUGGAGUCGCUUAUCGUCACCCCCGUGUCGAAAGCACAGGCGAACCAGCGGGCGGGGCGGGCGGGUAGAACUUCCCCCGGGAAAUGCUUUCGGCUGUACACAGCAUGGUCGUAUGCGAAUGAGUUGGAGGAUAAUACCGUGCCGGAGAUUCAGAGGACGAACCUCGGGAAUGUGGUACUGAUGCUCAAGUCUCUUGGGAUAAAUGAUCUCUUGAAUUUCGACUUCAUGGACCCGCCCCCUGCGGAGACGCUGCUGCGGGCGCUGGAGAUGCUGUACGCGCUGGGGGCACUGAAUGACCGCGGGGAGCUGACGAAGCUGGGCAGGAAGAUGGCAGAGUUUCCUCUCGACCCGCAGAUGUCGAAGCUUCUCGUCGCCUCCGAUAAGUACCUCUGUUCCGAGGAAGCGGCCACCGUAUGCGCCAUGCUAUCGGUGGGCAACGCUGUCUUCUACCGCCCCAAGGACAAGCAGGUGCACGCUGACAAUGCACGCAUGAACUUCCACACGGGCAACGUGGGCGACCACAUAGCGCUGCUGAGGGUGUACGAGCAGUGGGCCGAGACGAGCUUCUCCUCCCAGUUCUGCUACGAGAACUACAUUCAGGUGCGAAGCAUGAAGAUGGCACGGGAUGUGCGCGAUCAGCUGAUGGGGCUGCUGGAGCGAGUGGAGAUUGAACCCAGCAGCAGCAGUGGUGACCUGGAUGCAAUCAAGAAAGCCAUUACCGCUGGUUACUUCUACCACACAGCCCGCCUUCAGAAGAAUCGCACGUACCGCACCGUGAAGAACCCCCAGACGGUGCACAUCCACCCGAGCUCGGGGCUAGCGCAGGUGCUGCCGCGGUGGGUGGUAUACCACGAGCUGGUGUACACGAGCAAGGAGUUCAUGCGCCAGGUCGUGGAGAUCAAGCCUGAGUGGCUUGUGGAGAUUGCACCGCACUACUACAAGCUGAAGGACGUGGAAGAUUCCGGGGCACACAAGAUGCCCAAGGUGGUGGGCAAGGCAGCCGAGAAGUAG